AUGGCUGCUCGAGGCAAGGGGCAAUCGUUGAAGGCGCCAGCCAAGUCUCAAACUUCUUCCCUCCCUCCUGUUGCUCCUCAAGUCCCUGCCGACCUCGGCCUAAAAGCUAAUCUCGACUUAAAGAAGAAAAGGCCAAUUGAGUCCCUUGAGGAAGGCGAGGUAGGUCCUCGGCAGGGAGGCAAACAACAAAAAAAUACUCGGGAGCAUAAGGACAGAAGGGCUCCAUCUGUGGAGAGCCGAGAGGAAAUGGAGCGAGCUGAGGUGCGCACGACUCCGCGCACUUGGAGCCCUCGACUCGAAGUGGACGGAGCAUCCAUUCUUUACAAUGCCUCCGUCCGAGAAUAUAAUCGGGGUCGAGCAGGCUACAUUGCGGAAGCCUUGGAGCAGCCCGUUCUCCUUCCGAGGGAUAUGGAGGCUUACAGUCGAUUUUCACAGCCUGAACUUUUCUUAUCCUUGAAGAGAGAUCUUGCGAUGAUCACUCAACAAGUAUUUGUGGCCGAGGAGUGGUGCCGCGACAACCGUAAAUUAGAUGAAGCUGAAGCCCUCUCUGAGAAGCUCAAGGACACCGAGUCAAGCCGUAAGAGUGCUGAGGCUGGCUUGAAGACUGCUGAAAGGCAAGCCGAAGAUCAGCGCCAAAAAUUGUACGUGACUGAGACCAACCUUGCUACUGAAAAGCAAGCCGUAUUGGAUCUCAAGGCCGCGUUGCAAAAAGCUCAAGAAGAGGCCCGACUUGCUAAGGAAGCAGCUCAGUUAGCCAAGGAAGCAGCUGAGGCCGAGAAAAAGGCUGCUUAUCAGCUAGGGGCGGAGGAGACUGAGGCAAGACUCUCCGAGGAGCUGCCGGAGGUCACCGCCCAGGCUACGGAUGUGGAGAAAGAGAAGGGUAAAGGCAAGGGUAAGGGAAAGAAAACCUCCUCCAAGGCCAAGGAUUUUGCUAAGGACGCAAUCAGUGAAGCUGAGGAUCCUGGAGCAGGUCCCCAAGUCAAGGACAUCCCUCCUCCUCAGCCAGUGCAGGAAAAAGAUCCUCCUGCUAAGGCUUAG